GCUACGCGCGUGCGCUCUUCCUUCGACGCAGUUCUCGCGAUACUCUCGCGUUAAGAUGGCAGGGCUCGGUUUUCUGCUGUGCUGAGGGGAACCUCGGAACCCCUCCAUUCUGCGCUCUCUGCAUGCCCCGGCCCCGGUGAGUGCCCAGCGGCCAUGACCGGGGAAAAGCUCCGCUCCCUGCGCAGGGGCCACAAGCCCAGCAAGGAGGAGGACCUGCUGGAGCCCGACGAGGAGGCCACGGCCGGCGGUACCAUCACCCGGCUCGGCAAGAGCAAAGGUAGCCACAGGCUGAGCCGGAACCUCAACCACAACUACCAGGCCAGCGACUUCCCGCUGCACGAGAGCGUCUUUAACGGGGACAUCCGCCGCCUGUCAGCCCUGCUCCGGACACACAGCAUCGGACAGAAGGACAACCACGGUAAUACUCCGUUACAUCUCGCUGUGAUGUUGGGUAACAAAGAAUGUGCUCAUCUUCUGCUGGCGCACAACGCUCCCGUGAAGGUGAAGAACACUCAGGGCUGGAGCCCCCUGGCUGAAGCCAUCAGCUACGGAGACAGACAGAUGAUUACAGCGCUGCUCCGAAAACUGAAGCAACAGUCCAGGGAGAACGUGGAAGAAAAGAGACCUCGCCUGCUAAAUGCCCUCAAAGAGCUGGGAGAUUUUUACUUGGAGCUUCACUGGGACUUUCAGAGUUGGGUGCCUUUACUCUCCCGAAUUCUGCCUUCUGAUGCUUGCAAGAUAUAUAAACAAGGUAUUAAUAUCAGACUGGACACAACCCUCAUAGACUUUACCGACAUGAAGUGCCAACGCGGAGACCUGAGCUUCAUCUUCAACGGAGAGGCCCCCCCUUCUGAAUCCUUUGUGGUUUUAGACAACGAGCAGAAAGUUUACCAGCGAAUACAUCACGAGGAAUCUGAGAUGGAGACUGAAGAGGAGGUGGACAUUUUAAUGAGCAGCGAUAUAUAUUCAGCCACGUUGUCCACGAAAUCCAUCACUUUCACCCGGGCCCAGACGGGGUGGCUUUUCAGGGAGGAUAAGACGGAGCGAGUGGGAAACUUCCUGGCCGACUUCUAUAUGGUGAACGGGCUUAUUCUGGAAUCGCGGAAAAGGAGAGAACAUCUGACGGAGGAAGACAUACUCCGGAAUAAAGCCAUCAUGGAAAGCCUGAGCAAAGGGGGGAACUUAAUGGAGCAGAACUUUGAGCCUGUGCGGAGACAAUCGCUCACGCCGCCUCCUCCGAACACCAUCACCUGGGAAGAAUACACGGACGCCGAAAACGGGAAGGCUCCUCAUCUCGGAAGAGAACUCGUUUGUAAGGAGAACAAGAAAACUUUUAAAGCAACGAUCGCUAUGAGCCAGGAUUUCCCGCUAGGAAUCGAAUCACUGUUGAAUGUUUUAGAAGUAAUCGCACCUUUCAAGCACUUUAAUAAACUCCGAGAAUUUGUACAGAUGAAGCUCCCCCCGGGGUUCCCUGUAAAGCUGGAUAUCCCUGUAUUCCCAACGAUCACAGCCACGGUGACAUUUCAAGAGUUCCGCUAUGGGGAAUUUGACGAGUCCAUUUUUACGAUACCGGAUGACUACAAGGAGGACCCCAGCCGCUUUCCGGACCUAUAACCGGCCCGAACUCUCCGAUGGGCUAACGUUGGACGUCGUAUAAGGGUCGCCUCCCGCGGUGGCCUGAGGUCUUGCAAUUCAGUACAGAAGUGUUCCUCUGGGUUCCGGAAGAGAGAGCUUCUCUGCCGCAGCAUGUUUCGGAUUCGGCAUCCAAGGUGGUAACGCCACGCCGGAUCCUGCCGGGAAUCUCAGCCGAGUACCAGUCAUCCCUCACGUACCUGCAGGGAGUGCAGGACUCACAGCUAAACCCUCACAAGCCCCCGGUGAACAACGCCGAGGGGGACUUCCUAUCCACACAUUCGCACUCGUUUCAAGGAGUACUUUUUAAUGAAUUCCUAUGGCUUGAUUUUUGUGUUUUCCCUCAGAAAAUUAUGUAUCUCGUAACAUUCUGUGUAAAUUCUCGUUUGCCGGAAUUUAUGACCCCUUUUUGUUCUUUUGCGCUGAAUGUUGUUCCAUUUGGUUAUCGCCGGCUCUGCACUUGGAUGCCGAGACCGCUGUGUUGCGACGUGUUCUCUCUGUGGCAAACCGUUUUUUGUUUCUGGUUU